AUGCCGGUUUGUAGUAAAUCCUGGCGCCGUUUGUUUUCGGACCAACGGUUUAACAAAGACUUGUUUUCGCAAAAACCAGCCUAUCUUUUGGUCACUGAAUCAGGGAUCCCUUUAUCAAACCCAACAAAUCGUCAGUUAUUGGUGGACUGGGACAAUGCCUCGAGCCCAGGAGAUGCUGCAUUGAAGGUUUCUGAGGAACUAACUCUUGGCCGGAGAUUUGUGGGUGUAUGUAAUGGCUUGCUUUGUCAUUACAUGGAUGUCGAUAUGAGACUUGUCAAUUUUUACAUAUCCAAUCCGAUUACUAGUGAGUCUGUGCCUCUUUCGUGUCCUCAUGAGGAAACUAGCUUUGACAAUAUUGGAACUGGGUUUGGGUUUGGGUACAGUCCUAAGAGUCAGGACCAUGGUGUUAAGGAGUCUUGGACCAAAGAGGUUGAUAUUAGAGAAAUUAUUGGUGGUGUUAUAAAACAUACUACUUAUUCUCCUGCUCGUGUUUUAGAAUACACAAAGGAGAGGCAAGUCCUGGUGUUGAAAGGUAAGUUGCAGAGUUAUGCUCCAAAAGAUGGCUUUAUGAUGAGUGAGUUUGAUGGAAUACCAUAUAUUCAUGAUGCGGAAUAUGUCCGUAUUCAAGGCUUUGUUCUGCUCAAAGAUCUCAUCAGGGGUUCUAGCUGA